AUGUGGGCCCUCUGCGCCAGGGCCGGCCGCGCCUCGGCGCGCGGCGCGCUGCGGGACGCGCGCGCCGGGGGCGUGCCGCAGCUGCGGUGGUCCUCGCGCGAGCCCCUGGCCAUCACCGAGGUGCGGAAGGGCAUGAUUCUGUGCGAGAAGGGCGGAGAGUACUGGGAGGUGAAGGAGUGGGCCCCCCAGAAGCAAGGGCGCGGCGCGGCCUCGUACAACAUCACCUACGAGGACCUGGAGACUGGCAAGGAGAAGGUUCACAAGUACGGGGCCAGCGCCAAGUGCUACAAGCUCACGCCAGACAGGGCCGAGUGCACGGUGAUGUAUUUCACGGGCGAAGGUAAAGAAGAGAAGAAGGUCGUCCUGGCCGACGAGGAGUUCAACGAGUUGGAGGUGCCGCUGUCGCGCUUCCAUAGCGGCAAGCCCGAAGAGGGCGCCAAGGUCGUUCUGUACAAGGACGAGGAGGCCAUCGUAAAGGUGACGAUGAUGAGGCAGUAG